AUGGCUUCAUCGACGGCAACAAGUACAGGAGCCCCUCCCGGCCGCCCUAACCCUAGCACUGUGGCCGAGCACCUAAAGGGAUCUACGCAAUCAUGGCAUGGGCAGAUAACCCCAGACGGGCCAUUUCCUCCACAGCAGGGCCGCUACCACCUGUACAUUGGGCUGUUCUGCCCAUUUGCGCACAGAGCAAACCUCGUCCGCCAUCUCAAGGGCCUUACCGACCUCAUAGAUAUCUCCGUUGUGAAGCCCUACCCGAAAGGAGACGAGCAUGGGUGGCCUGGGUGGCAAUUCCCGAAGUCCGAUGACGAGUACCCAAAUGCCACGGUCGAUAAGCUGUUUGGAAGCCAGUAUCUGCACGAGGUCUACUUCAAGGCUGACCCGGAGUACAAAGGACGAUACUCCGUUCCGGCCCUGUGGGACAAGGAGACCGGAACAAUCGUGAACAACGAAAGCCCCGAGUUGAUGAGGAACUUGCAGGUGGCCUUUAACUCGCUUCUGCCGGAGGAAUAUGCGAGCGUCACUCUGUACCCGGAGCAUCUGCGCGGUAAGAUCGACGAGGUGGGUGACUGGAUGCAGAGGGACUUGAACACCGGUGUGUACAAGGCCGGAUUCGCACCAGACCAGGAAACGUAUGACAAAAACGUGCCCGUUGUGUUUGCGGCCCUUAACAGAUUGGAAAAGAUGGUCGCGCAGAACGGCGGACCGUACAUCCUGGGCAAAGACCUGACCGAGUUAGAUAUCAGGGCAUAUGCUACAAUCGUCCGCUUCGAUACCGUGUACGUGCAGCAUUUCAAAUGUAACCUAGGCACGAUCCGGCACGACUACCCGCAGUUAAACAACUGGUUGAAGAACUUAUACUGGAAUGUCAAGGGAUUCAGGGAGACGACGGACUUCAAGCACAUCAAGGAGAACUACACCAAGAGCCAUUGGGAUAUCAACCCCAAGGCCAUCACGCCCAUGGGCCCGUAUCCCGAUGUCGAAGAGGGGUUUGAGCCAGAUGUCAGCAAGGUCAGGGUUGGUGGUGUCUCUAUGCCCAAGGUGGUGGAGUUGGAAAAGCAGCUGCCGGGUUGA